AUGUCUUAUGAUACAAUCGGGAACUUUAAAAGUGGUAUCAAAACUGUAUUAAUAAUGAACGCAAAGUUGAUCUGUAUUUUGGUUUUGAUGUCGGGUUUGUUGGCGACUAGUGUUUGGGCCGAAGUAUCGGUGGAGUCAAUACAAGAGCAACAGUUUUACGCUAAACUCAAUGGCAGUUAUUGUUACGACAGUGCCGUCAAUGCGAUAACCGGUGCCAAUGAUAUGAAACGAUUUUGUUGGUACAUAACAAACAUGUGCUCAAAAAAUGACAAUUUAGUGCUAAAUAGCAUUUUUAACCCAUUUUUGCCAACAACUGAAUCUGAAGUGGCUUUAAAUAAUGAAACUGAGAUCAUUAGUGGACCCGAAGAGGAAUUGGCCAAAGAGUUGGAAAUUAAAGCCAUAAAUGCUGCCAAUUGUUCACAAUAUGAGCAGUCAUUGGAUUUGAUAACCCAGGCUAUCAAUACAGCUCCCAGAAGAGCAUCCUGUAGGCCUUACAACAAUAGAGCUCAAGUCCAUCGAGAGAUGGGAAAUACUGAACUUGCAUUCCAGGACCUCAAUAAUGCUAUCAAUUUGAGUGAUGGUAAAGGACUGGUCGCCCGACAGGCCUACUGUCAACGCGGACUCAUUCAGUUGCUUAACAACAAACAAACUGAAGGUAUUGAAGACAUGGAAAUAUCGGCCAAAAUGGGCAAUGAGUUUGCGAAAGCACUGGUCGUCCAAAUGAAUCCAUACGCAGCCCUCUGUAAUCAAAUGCUCAGAGAUAUGAUCGACAAGUGCCGCAAAGGCGACCAAUGAAUCUCAUAUCUAACAUACAAUUAU